AAGCGCGCAUUUUGUCGGUUAAAUCUAGUCUUGAGCACUUAAUGGUUUAAAAUUUAACAACAAAACCGCCGACUUUCACCGAGAUAAGUCGUCUGAACUCGCGGUGUAAUGUGAUUUCACCUGGUUGACUGUCACCUGAACGGCGUGCAGAAAGAAGUAGUCAUAGCGGGUGUUCGUCCACACAAGGUCCAUAUACUGUACUUGAUCCAUAUUAACAUUCUACAACUAUGUAGGCAUGUCUAAAUCAUGUGUGUAGCGGCGAACCAUUCUUGGAAAAUGUGAACUUGAACGGAGGUCAGAAUUGUUGUCAGUGGUAGACGCUGUUUAAUUAAUUUUAAUUAAGCGCAUUGUUUUUUAUUGACAAUAGUUUUUUAAAAUUCAAAGCUAUGUGAAAAGUGAAAACUGACUUAAGUGGGACGUUUUUUUGUUAAGACGUAAAGAAAGUAGGUGGACAUGUAAAUAAUACCAUCAUCAAAUAAAGAGUACAGUGACGUCAUUUUAAUGUGUUUCUCUUAAGAAAAAUGAGGAAAGCUGGGUGCUAGUCCGGGAUUUAAGCUGUGCACAUUCUGCCAUGAAGGGGUGGUUCGAUGCAUUUCGCUACGAUGGAGGUCCUACACUAUACAGUUUCAACAACCGUACAGCAGUUACCGGAGACGUAACACUCAUCACAUUCCUGACAAUUUUUUGUACGCUUUAUGUGGCGUUUCUGAUAAUAUUUCCGGGUAUUAGAAAAGAGAGAUUCACGACAUUUUUUGCUGUUACUUUAAGCGUAUUUGUGGGUGCUACAAUUCUAGUGACGCUUUUCGGAUCUGCAUGGCACGUAGCAAAUGCAACAGUUGUUAGCACAUAUAGGGCAUUUUCCAAGGAGAAAAUUUCCUCUAAUGUGGGAGUUUACAUAGGACUGAGACAUGUAAAUAUUACGCUUCAAGCGUCCACCAGCAGUAACUGGACCAGUGAUAUAGACUUUAACGAACAAUUUUUAUGGCUGAAUUCAGACCAAAUGGGUGAUAGUUUUAAGGACGCCAUGGUAAGAGGUUUGCCAUUUCCUAUUUUGACUGUGGCAGAAUAUUUUACUAUGGGACAGGAAGGACUCUCGUGGGGCGGUCAAUACAGAGCCGCUGGAUACUAUGCUGUCAUAAUGUUGUGGACAUCUUUUUCUGUAUGGAUCUUGAUGAAUUUAAUGUUGAUCGUGGUUCCUCGUUAUGGAGCAGUUCUAAUGACCACAUGUGGCUUUCUCCUCAUAGCCACAGCAUGUGGUUACUUUGGAUUACUACCCGAAACUGCUUUAGUUGUUCAUAUAGAAGGCAGCACUCUUCAUUUUACUUUCGGUUGGUGCUACUGGUUAGUCUUGAUAGCGGGAAGUGUCUGCUUGUUGUCCGGCGUCAUUAUCACAGCUUUAGAAAUAAUAUUUCCUCAUAGCUUUUCCACAAUCUUAGAAGUCGAUUACGACACGCCAUAUGACAGACACAUAAUAAUCGAAGAUAGUCGAGGCAGAAGAUUUCAGAAAAAACGAACCAGUAACAGUAAAUUAGAAGAACCUGUAGGUAUAGGGACGAAAAUUUUACGUCGGUUAUCUUCGAAAACUGAAGACAAAUCGAACAACGACUAUACAAAAGGUAGCCAUAUGCAAAAUUUUGAAUUAGGAACGAAGUCCACUUGGAAUUACCCUCACAGUCCUAACAAUGAUUUUGGACCAAAACCAGUACCUAGAUCGAUAUCAAAAGAGUCCACAAACUCCAUCUCUAGAAAUAUUCCCACAAUUCACAGAGUUAUUCCUAGGCCAAAAUCUGACAAGCUGCAAGAAGUUUCCAUGUGGUGAAUUACAUUGUGACUAAGUUUUUCUGAGUGCAAUUUAAAUUAAGUGAUUUUUCUUGUGAUAUAGAUUAUGUAAAAGAAUCUGAGCAUGAUGAAUAGUUAAGUUGCCAUAUUUAUAAUUCUUUUACAAAUUGAUAUGACUUCAAAGUGUAAAUAAAGUAUUACUAUCAUUAAUAUUUUAAUAUUUAUAAUAAAUAAACUUCAAAGAAAAA